AUGGAGACUCCCGCCUCGGAACCCGUCAAUCAGCCAGCCAAAGACCUCGAGAUGACCGAAGCAAAAUCAGAAGAACCCUCUGUCCCGCCUACGCCUGCCAAUGGCGACGGCGCAGCCCCGAAUCCCCCCACAACGACGACGACAACGACGACGGCGACGACGAGAGAAGAGACAAGCAGUAGCGGGGUUGACAAGACGGGCGUCCCCGAAGCCUCGGUGGAAAAGGACGGCGAAGAGGCCGAUGUCGAAUCCUCCGCUGCCGCCGCUGAGGCCGAGCCCAAGAUCUCCAAGAACCAGCUCCGCAAGAUGAAGCGCAAGGCGGCGUGGGAGGACGGCCGUGAGGACCGCAAGCGCAAGCGCAAGGAGAAGCGCCAUGAGCGUCAGGCCACCCGCCGCGAGGAGAUUGCCGCCGUUAUCGCCGAGGCCGAGGCCAAGGGCAUCGACCCGGCCUCCGUCGUCAUCCCGCCGAAGCGCAAGACGCCUAAGCAGCCUGCGACCCAAGUGCCUGUCGCCCUGAUCCUCGACUGCGACUUUGAAAAGUACAUGCUCGAGAAGGAGCUCGUCUCGCUUGCCAGCCAGAUCACCCGUUCCUACUCGGACAACCGCGCCGCGAGGUACCGCGCCCACCUGUACGUCAGCUCCUACGGCGGCCAGCUGAAGGAGCGCUUCGAGACGACGCUGGGCAGCCAGCACGUGCACUGGAAAGGCGUGAAGCUCGUCGAGGGAGACUUCGUCGAGGCUUCCAGGGACGCUGACGAGUUGAUGAAGGGGCCCCGCGGCGGGCAGGUUAUCGACCUGCUCCAGCCGACCGGGGAGGACGGCGCCGCCAAGAAGCCCGCCGUCUUCCGGGACGUCCUCGACUCGGCGCCUAGCCCGGACCCCGAACCCGAACCCGCCGACGAGCUCAAGAACAUCGUCUACCUCUCCUCCGACUCGGUCAACACUCUCGACCGCCUCGAGCCCAACACGAGCUAUGUCAUCGGCGGCCUCGUCGACCGCAACCGCGAAAAGGGUCUGUGUCACCGCCGCGCGAGGGCGAUGGGCAUCCGGACGGCGAAGCUGCCCAUUGGAGAGUACAUGAACCUGUCGAGUCGGAGGGUGCUCGCGACGAACCACGUCGUCGAGAUCAUGCUCAAGUGGCUCGAGACGGGCAGCUGGGCCGAGGCGUUCCUGAGCGUCAUCCCCAAGCGCAAGGAGGCAAAGCUGAAGGAGGAAGGCGGCGCUGGCAGUGCCAGCGGGACUCCCGCUACAGAAGGGGCGGGCGGCGAGAUCGAGGACAGCAGGUUUGACGAGGAGGAUGACGAGGACGUGGACGAGAGGCAAACCAUCACGGAAAACGUGGCGGCGCCAGAGUCGUCAGCUGCGUCUCAGGAAGGCACCAAGGAAGCCCUGGGUAAAUCAUAA